UCUCUGCUGUGUCUGUCCUCUCCGCCUCUGCCUGCGAUCAUAUCCUUCAACGGCUCUGCCCACUUUCCUCUCAACGAGUUGGGAUGUACGUGACCGACCUGAAGGCAGCACCAGCCCACAUAACUCUCCUCUUCAGCACCGGGAGCAGAGGGCCAGCCCGCAGAGCUCUUCCGGAGGCGGAUAAUCCCCUCAUCUCUACUCGCAGUUCGAGAAGGGAUUUGCUAUAACUCACCUACAGGAAGACACCUUCCGGAAGCUCAUGCAAGUUACGACUUAGAGAGAAGCCUGGACCUGCGCACAAAUGGAUUUUUGCGUCUCACCUUGCGCGUUUUGGUGUAUAUAGAUAAUCUGAUGAGUGUAUAAUGUAGCAGCUGCUGCUUGCGGGGGGAAAAACCAAAAACAAACUAUUGAAGCCUCUGCUACGCAUAUAAAUAUUAAUCAUUUCGGCAGCAUGUUUGUGACGCACAGUCUUGCUUUAACUUUUAUUGCGGCGGCUCUCUGUCUGAUCAGUGGCGAGCCGAAUUCUUCAUCUGCGACGCAGAAUUCAACAUCCACGUCCAUCAUCCUCGGUCACGAUGAACUGACGAGUAAAAACGACACGCACGGUGCCGUGGGAUCCCGGAUCUCACCUCUGAUGACUUACCUGCCAACUCUGAAAAACGUGGUUAUUUUCAUCUGCGUGUUGACAGCUGUCCUCAUCACAUGCCUGGUCAUCAAAGUGAUAAGGUCUGGCCGAAAAAUCAGGAAAACGAGAAAAUACGACAUCAUUACCACACCGGCGGAGCGGGUGGAGAUGGCCCCUCUGAACGAGGAGAAUGAUGACGAAGACGACUCGACCCUCUUUGAUGUCAAAUACAGGUGAAUCCCACGUCGGACAACUGUUGUUUUGGUAACUCCUUUUUUUUUUUUUUUUCCUCCACCUCAACUAAACUUCAGCGAUUUUGCCAUCCAAGUGUCGUCACGCCAGCGAUUCACUCGUGUUUUACCUGCGUUGAAAAUGAACAGAUGUCAUUUGUUUGCUGUCGUGCAAGGAUUCUAGAUAACAUGCUCAGUGUUUCUAAAAUAAGACACGUCACAUAUCCACCAAACUUUAAGUGGUCUGGACAAACAAAAUUCUUAAUUUUGAAUUUAAUCCUUGGACGUUCUUUUUAAAACCUGAAGUACGACAUGUUAAACUAAGGUGGAGGUCGAAGGAACCAACGUUUUUAAGCAUGGCUUGCUGUAACUGGAGGAAAAGUUUAUUCAUUAUCAGUUAACGUUUUAAAAAGAUCAGAAGCACAAAAUAUAAGGCAGGAUAGUUGCUUUGUCUAUAAACCUCAUAAGAGUUUUGUGAGUUUUAGUAUCACAUUUAUUUCUACCGACUAACCACUUUAUUGUGCAUAUGUACUGUUAAAGGCUUACUAACUUUUUCUGUCUGCAGUGUUUGUGUUGUUUCAGAUUCAGUUUUAAUUUUGCUGCUAUGAAGCUGAUGUCAGUCAGUGUUGUCAAUUUUAACUUAAGAAUACUCUCAGGAUGUUUCUUUAAAUCUGUUUGCUAUAAAUGUGAAUGGAGUACGUUGUCAUGAAGCGUGCGGGAAAUGCAGCAGGUUCAGCGAUUAAACACCAUGACAACAUGUCGCCAGUGUUACGGAGCCAAACCAAGAUGAAGUUUUCUUUAUGAUCCUAAAAUCUGUCAUGUUUAGUAUGAGAUUGCAAAAAAGGUUCUCUCCACUCCUGUUAGCAUCAAUCAUAGGGAUGCAAAAAAAAAAAAAAA